GUGCCCAGGAGGAGAAAUUGACGCCAGAAACCUUGGCAAAUUCACUCUGCUUUUCGAUACUGGUAAGUUUCUAUCAAGGCUGAAGGUUCCCAGGUGGUUGUCUUUCCUCCUUGAUCAAUGUUGCGUGUUUUCUGCAAUACUCUGCUUAUAACAAAAGCUACAGAUUCAACGAGUAGACAUGUUUUUUUACGAACAAUAUCAUCCACAGAAUCAACCUCAGAAACCUUAGACUCUAUAAACGAUAAAAAUCUCACCAUCUCUUACCUCAUGAAUUCAUGUGGAUUGCCUUUCAAAGCCGCUACUUCAAUCGCACAAAAGAUCCGCAUCGAAACCACAGAGAAACCGGACUCUGUCAUUGAGCUCUUACAAACAAAUGGAUUCACCAACACCCACAUUGCUGAUCUGAUAACUUCGUUCCCACGGCUGCUUUUCGCCGAUCCCGUCAAAACCCUUAAACCCAAGCUCGAGUUCUUUCAAUCUCUGGGCUUUUCAAGAUCUGAUCUUGCUAAGUUCCUCUCCUCAAACAAAGAGAUCCUACUCAGAAGCUUGCAAAACCAAAUAAUCCCAACCUUCAAUUUCCUGAAAACCUUCAUCCACACCAACGAGAACCUCGUCAGUGCUCUCAAGCAAUCCAGCCGCAUCGUUGGUUGUAAUGUUAAGAGAAAUUUGGAGCCCAACAUUGCAACCUUGCGAAGUUACGGUGUACCAGAUUCCAAUAUUUCUAAGAUGAUCAUCAUUCAACCCAAGCCACUGACGCUGACUGUUUGGCGGUUUAAGGAUGUUACUGCAAUGGUGAACAAAAUGGGUUUUGAUCCCAACAGUCGUUCAUUCAUCCUAGCCAUUUGCUCUAUGUCGGUGAUGAGCAAACAGAAUUGGGAAAGUAAAAGGGAGGCCUUUAAGAGCUUUGGUUGGUCUGAUGAUGAAUUUCUUUCGGCCUUUAAGUUACAGCCGAUGGUCAUGCUCACUUCAGAGAAUAAGCUCGGGAAAUUGAUGGAUUUCUUUGUGAACGUCCUGCAUUUGAAGCCAUCAGAUGUUGCGAAAUGCCCAAACCUUUUCUUACUAAGUUUGGAAAGGAGAAUCAUUCCAAGGUGUUCAGUGCUGCAAGUUCUGAUGUCCAAGGGUCUUAUUAAGAAUGAUGUGAAAAUAGUUACAGUGCUAAAUUCGAACAAACAGAGAUUUGAGAAGAGAUAUGUCACUAGAUAUGAGAAGGAAGCCCCUGAGGUAAUCAAGGCAUACGAAGGUGAGAUGGGAUUUCUAGGAUUUGACAGUUGACACUGGUGUUGAAGAUGGUGGAAGAAGAAUUAAAUAAAUGAACUGAAGGAGUUCCAAGACAGAUCGAUCACUAUCGUGUAUUUGUCAAGUGGUUGGGAGCUUCUGGUGCUGAGGAAAGGGUUUGGAUGAAGGUGGCUUAUUAUUUAAUGCCUUACUGGUGGUGGUUUUAGUAUUGUCAUGGUGCUGGUAGCAUGGUUCUAGAGCAGCAAAUGGUGUUGUACUGUUGUUUGAUGCCUGAAAUUUGGACAGAUAUGAUGAAACACUGCGAUGCUAAGGCUGAUCUGAAACCCAGUAUAUAUCCAGUUUGUCAUCGUUACAAAGGCAACUGGCAUCUGUGAUCAAUUGAAGUUUCCUCCAUAGAUUGCCAAAAGGACAGCUACUUUGUUGUAAGUAUAAAAAAUUCUUUGCUUGGGGCAUUUAGAGAGUUUAGCGAAGUCUAUACUGUAUGUGCUGCCCUCACAACAUUUAGUUUAAAUAAAUGAAUUGAGUGCAUGAAACAUUUUACUUACUCUCA